UUGUUCCCCCGCCCAGUGGAAUCUACCCUGGUCCCAGCCCCUCGUCCAACUCCCGUGGGACGCCAAGCAAUACGAAGUUGAAGAAGCGCAGAAAUCUCCUGGCCCCCACUAGUCCACACUAGGUAGCAAGAUCGCAGCACCUACGCCACAGGGUCAAAUCGGAAACCAGAAAAGGUGAAGGCACCCGACGCCCCUAGCCCUGUCUCGGCCACCAGCGACGCUAUCUUUCCCUGGCGCACGAUGCGGCCUUUCAGCCCAGACUCAUCGAGCGAGGAUGCCGCGCUGAGAAGCUUCUAAGGCUCAGGGCCUGCAAAGCCCAGGAGCCGGCUGUAGGUGUCCUUAGCAAAUGCCAGAUCGCGCGCACCGUCCCAGCAAGUCCCGAGCGAGUGUGGGACAGGCAGCAAAUCAGUGCCCCCCUGGCCAGGCAGAACUAGUCGAACUUGGAAGUAGGGAGCAGGCGGAGGCCGGCGCUUAACUGUAGCUAAGCAGGCCGGGUCUGGCUUUGGGCCCUGGGCCUUCCAGCCGGGGACUCUGCGCCUGCGCCCGCCUGGCCGCCGCCCGCUCUCCCGGCGCCGCAGCUGUCUGGGCUGCUGCGCGCCGCCUAGGUGUCUGGGCAAUCCAUGGGCAAGAGCAAGGGCCACGAUGACAGAUUACGGCGAGGAGCAGCGCAACGAGCUGGAGGCUCUGGAGUCCAUCUACCCUGACUCCUUCACAGUAUUAUCAGAAAAUCCACCCAGCUUCACCAUCACUGUGACAUCUGAGGCUGGAGAAAAUGAUGAAACUGUCCAGACUACCCUCAAGUUUACAUAUGGUGAAAAAUACCCAGAUGAAGCUCCCCUUUAUGAAAUAUUCUCCCAGGAAAACCUAGAAGAUAAUGAUGUCUCAGACAUUUUAAAAUUACUAGCAUUACAGGCUGAAGAAAAUCUUGGUAUGGUGAUGAUUUUUACUCUAGUGACAGCUGUGCAAGAAAAAUUAAAUGAAAUAGUAGAUCAGAUAAAAACUAGAAGAGAAGAAGAAAAGAAACAAAAAGAAAAAGAAGCAGAAGAAGCUGAAAAGCAAUUAUUCCAUGGUACUCCAGUUACAAUUGAGAAUUUCUUAAAUUGGAAGGCCAAGUUUGAUGCAGAACUCUUGGAAAUUAAAAAGAAAAGGAUGAAAGAAGAAGAACAAGCAGGAAAAAAUAAAUUAAGUGGGAAACAACUAUUUGAAACGGAUCAUAAUCUUGACACAUCUGAUAUCCAGUUCUUGGAGGAUGCUGGAAACAACGUGGAGGUAGAUGAGUCUUUGUUCCAAGAAAUGGAUGACUUGGAGCUGGAGGAUGAUGAAGAUGAUCCAGACUAUAAUCCUGCUGACCCAGAGAGUGACUCAGCUGACUAAUGAACUGUCCCCAUCUGCAGAGAGGCUUGACUGCCACAGCAUCUGUGGCUAUGCUCACAGGGCUUUGUUUUCCUUUCUUUUUUUCUAAGAAAAAAUUAUUUUCAGGAGAAUAUUCUUCUGAUAGCUUUCAUCAUUGAACUCAAUAAACUGACCUUAAAAUUUCAAAUAUAAAA